CCAUUGUUUAUAUUUAAUUUUCCUUUUUACUGAAGAUUAUUGACUCCUCUAUGCAAAAUGCAGUAAGCUAUAGUGAUGAUCCCAAAAUGCAAUGGAUGCAAAGGUAAGGAGAAACAUACUAGAAACAAGAGGAAGGAAUGUAUAAUGGAACCUGAAGUUAUAGUAAAAAUUGAGGAAAAUCGAUUAGCAAAUGUGCAACUUGAGGAUGGAGGUUCAAAUAUGAUGGAGCCAGAAGUGCUUGUAAAAGUGGAGGAGAACUGUAAGACUAUUGGACAGGUCAGAGUUAAGUCAAAGAAGCUAUUUAGGGGACUCGAUGGUAAAUUUCUUGAUGAUAUUAACCAUAAGAGAAUGAGGAUUAAGAAAAACAAGGUAUUUACAAAUGAAGUAAAAACAGAGCAAAGAAAACAGAGAUCUCCUAACGCGAAGAAUUUUAAGGAUAACGUGAUAAGGUUGACGGAAAGGCAUUUUCCUGCGCCGGUGCCGCAGACCGUGGCUCAAGGAUCGAGGACGCAGCGGAAAUGCUUAGUUUGUAGUCACACAGUAAAAAGGACCCAAAGGAGGAAAGACACCAAAUACAUGUGCGUUCCUUGUAACGUCGCGCUAUGCAUUUAUCCAUGCUUCGAAGAGUUUCACACGAAAAUAAAUUUUUAGUAAAACCAA